AUGACGACUCUAACAGACCUCCCAUUUGAAAUCUUAGAGCUCAUUGCAUCUAAUUUGAGCGAAUUCACAAUCAAGUCAUUCUCCCUGAUUACAUACUCGGAGUUUGACUUCAAUAUGCUAGAGGAAUUAUCAAAGUCUCCUCUAGCAGCAUACGUGAAGAUCCUCCAUUAUGAUGUCUCGGAGCUAUUUGAUCCCGUCAUCCAGGAUUGGGAUUAUUUUACCUCUUGCGUAUAUACGCCACAGGAGUAUGCAAAAGACUAUACAGACUUUUGUUGGAAUCUCAGAGGCAACGGCUUUGCUUAUAAAGCAAUUUACACCUAUUUUCAACGCCUGAUUGCCGAUCAGCAGGCUAUCAUGGAGGAAAGAAAAGAUAUCCACGCAUUUAUGGAAAGCCUUCCACGCCUCAUGGACCUAAAGUGCAUCAAGUUGUCAUUUACUGGGGAGCACGAGAAUCAGCUACUUUGGUUUUCAAAUCGAUUAUUUGUUGACAGCUGGCACUCCUUUGCUGUCCACUUUGAAGCAGUUCUGAGAGUGGAAACGCUUGAUAUCGAAGUGCAACCAUCUGAUGUGCGAUUAAAACCAGAAGAAGACAUGCCCUACAAAUGGCAGAUAGACGAUCCGGCUCUUGAGCCAUUGUUCCAAAAGCAUCUAAGCAAACAUUCAGUUGGGACUUACAUGCUGCUUCACAGGAGGGUGGGCCAGACCUUCCAUGCGGUCCGACCGGAGAAGAUCGUGAAAAAGCAGGAAGAGCUGGAUCUUAUUGCAAAACUACAAGUUGAGAAUUUUGGUCUCGCUGAAAAAUUAAGACUAGCCGAAGAAAAAGCCCAUGAAAACGAGCUGGCUGUGGUAGAGGCAAAAGAUGAGAUCAACUCUCAACGGUCUAUAAUAGAGAAAGCCAAGGUUGCUUUACACCGCCACGAGCAGGACAUGUUGGAUUUGAGGUCUCUUUGUGAAUGGUACCAGUCCAAGUGUCUCCAGUGCUCUAGCGUGCUGGGCCAGAUGAUGGCAUUUUUGCAAGGUACUACGGAUCCUACGUCAGAGAUUGGUACUUGGCCUCCUACUCAAGGCCAAGGAGAUAUUUAG